UCAUCUCUUUAACGCUCUACUAUACACGUUGCAUGUCCAAAAAUAUAAAAGACAUUCGUGGAGGAACCGCUUUGGUGUAACGAGCCGAUAAAAACACAUUGUUCACUGAACUUAUUAAUUUCUGUAAACUGUGCACGCUACGUACAGUCAUCGUCAUGUACCCAGAAAUAGAGAGAGAAAAAUAUUACAACAGUGUUAAUAUAAAACAGACUAUACGAUUCAUAUUAAUGAAUAUGUCUGUAUAAUUUAUGACGCGAUGACAAAUAACGCAUCCGAGGAAUUAUCCUUAUCAUGGAAGCGUCCAGCAGGACCGCUAAAAGUCUGGCAGGUGAUCGAAAGUAAAAAACAGAGCCACAAUGGCCAACCCUUGAAAUUUUCAAUUCAAGAUGUGCCGAAAGACAGAUACGACGAUGUCAUUUCCCACAUGUGUCAGAAUUUUGCUAGAGAUGAAACAAUUUGCAAAAGUUUUAAUGUAGUCAAUGAUCCAGUUGCCUUAGAGGAUUUUCGUCUACUUUGGCGUCUUGCUAUCAAGCAAGGUAUUACCGUGGGAGCUUUUAUCGAAGAUCCAAAAGGUGGGAAACCAGUGCUGGCAGGAGUUAACGUUCUCUACGUCAUUUCGGAAGGAGACAAACGGACGAUGAAGAAACUUUCUUUCAAGUCGAAGAUGAUGAAAGAUAUAUUAACGCUAUUUGAACGAAUGGAAGAAAACAGUAAAGUCGAAGAGAAAUAUGGCGUGAAAACGUUUAUGCAUGCAGUUGGCCUAAGUGUGGAUCCGACGUUUAGGGGAGAAAGUCUCGGAGAACAUAUCCUUCGGGUCAGAGAUAGCAUUGCUCGAGAAUUCGGCAUUCCCGCAACAGUGACCGUUUUCACAGGAGACGUUUCGUGGAAAUUAGCCGCUCGUGUAGGUUUCGAAAUUUUAACCGAAGAAAAGUUUUCCGACCAACGGGAUGAAGAUGGACAACCGGUUUUCCCUAAUUUAAAGGAGGGAUCUAUAAAGCUUAUGGGAAAAAGAUUUCUCUAACGAUUAUAAGAAACUCCAGUUAGGUUUAUACAUAUAUAUAUAUUCAAUCGAAUAAAUAUAAGAUACGGCAAUUUUGUAGAAAUGGUGAAAUUUAUUUAGAAAACACUAAGCAUAAACUCAUCGGUAAAUUUAACAUCUGUUGAAGGCGAGAAAAUGUACCUAUAUUUCAUAUCGUACGAGACGAUUUGGCGCAACGAUAUAUACUAUUUCUACACAAAGUUUCAAACAAUUAUGUAUAUUAAAUUAAGACAUUUUCAGAAAGGAUGUAGCCAGGUAGGCAUGCGAAAAGUGCUCCUAUACCAAAUUAAACUGUGUAUAAAUUAGUUAUUAGUAUGCAACCAAUCAACAAUUUUCGCCAACUUUCAACCCUGAAUCUAAUAGUAAAAAUUACGAAAAGAAUUAAGGCACUUACACACAGGGAUGCAUACUGAGAUUUUUUCGUAUUUUCCGAUUGCAUAUUUGAUUUGAAAAAAAAUUGUUUAAUUUUU